CUCCUGGCUCUAGAGCAUUCAUCACUUACUUGGUGCUUUCAAAAACUUUUUAACAGUCCUGGAGCACGGUUGCAAAUCAAGAGCUGAUGGGACUAGCAGUGCUGCUGCAGGGACUUAUCGAGCCCAUCCCACUGUUUCAUUUGACUUUUACCCAGCCUUUAACAGUCUCCUGUGUAACGGGAUCCAUGUGAUUAUGUUCCCCACGGUGAAUAGAGGGCAUUGUUUGGCUUUUCUCAGCCUCUCCCUGUUUGGCUUGGUCGGGAUGCAGUUGGAUGUUACCCAUGGGAGCCCGACGGAAGACGAGGAUUACUAUCUGCAGGAAAUUCUUAACCAGGAGCAUUACUAUUCCUUACGGGAGGCAGAGGAGCCUUAUUCUGAGUCACCUGCAGUGGCACAGCCUUUUGAAGAGGAGCGCUCCAAACCCAGCAAGAAAGAAGUAAAUGCCAAAAAGCUGAAGGGAAAAGAGACAGAUAAGGCAUCCACUAAUGCUAAAACAGUUAAAAGUGGGAACAAAAAAAAUGGAAAGAACAAAAAGGGCAACUGGAAAAGUCCCAAUGGCAGUCAGGAAGGAGAGGUCCACUAUGAAGCUGUCAGAGAGGUGUGCCCUCCUAUGGGCCUGGAAGCCUUGGGGAUUGAUGACUUCCAGCUGCACGCCUCAACAGUCAAACGGUAUGGCUUGGGAGCCCAGCGAGGGAGGCUUAACAUUCAGGCCGGUAUCUAUGAGGAUGACUUCUAUGAUGGGGCCUGGUGUGCAGGGAGGAAUGACCCUCUGCAGUGGUUUGAGGUGGAUGCCAGAAGACUAACCAAGUUCACUGGAGUCAUCACACAAGGCAGAAAUUCCCUGUGGUCGAGUGAUUGGGUGAAGUCAUACCGGGUCAUGGUGAGCAAUGACAGCCACACGUGGGUAACAAUUACAGAUGGAUUGGAGGACAUGAUUUUUCCUGGCAACACGGAGAAGGAAAUUCCUGUACUGAAUGAGUUCCCGAUUGCAAUGGUCGGCCGCUACAUCCGCGUAAACCCUCAGUCCUGGUACGAGGCUGGCAGCAUCUGCAUGAGAGUGGAGAUUCUGGGCUGCCCCCUGCCAGAUCCUAAUAAUUAUUAUCACAGAAGGAAUGAGAUCACAACCACAGACAAGCUGGACUUCAAACACCACAGCUACAAAGAAAUGAGGCAGUUGAUGAAGGUUGUAAAUGAAAUGUGCCCAAACGUCACAAGGAUUUACAACAUUGGCAAAAGCCACAACGGACAAAAACUCUACGUUAUUGAGAUCUCAGACAACCCUGGAGAGCAUGAACUGGGUGAGCCUGAGUUCCGCUACUCUGCAGGUGCUCACGGCAAUGAGGUCCUGGGUCGGGAGCUACUGCUGUUGCUGAUGCAGUUCAUGUGUAAGGAGUACCUGGCUGGAAACCUGCGGAUCAAACACCUAGUGGAGGAGACCAGGAUCCACCUCCUACCUUCCAUGAACCCAGAUGGAUAUGACAAGGCCUUUGAAGUGGGCUCAGAGCUAGGAGGAUGGUCACUAGGACGCUGGACUCAAGAUGGCAUCGAUAUCAACCACAAUUUCCCAGACCUCAACUCCAUCCUUUGGGAGGCAGAAGCCAAGAAGUUGGUUCCAAGAAAGGUCCCCAAUCAUCAGAUCCCCAUUCCAGAAUGGUACAUGUACGACAAUACCACAGUUGCAGUGGAGACCCGGGCAAUGAUUGCAUGGAUGGAGAAGAUUCCUUUUGUGCUGGGUGGUAAUCUGCAGGGGGGGGAGCUGGUGGUGACGUACCCCUAUGACAUGACCCGCUCCCUGUCAAAGACACAAGAGCAGACUCCCACCCCCGACGAUCACGUCUUCAACUGGCUCGCCUUCUCCUACGCUUCCACGCACCGCCUCAUGACCGACGCCAGCCGGCGGGUCUGCCAUACUGAAGACUUCGCCAAGGAGGAUGGCACCAUCAAUGGGGCCUGCUGGCACACAGCAGCUGGAAGUAUGAAUGAUUUCAGCUACUUGCACACCAACUGCUUUGAACUGUCUAUGCAUGUGGGCUGUGAUAAAUUUCCCCAUGAGAGUGAGCUGCCGGAAGAGUGGGAGAACAACCGCGAGUCUCUGCUUGUGUUUAUGGAGCAGGUACAUAGGGGUAUUAAAGGUAUCAUCAGAGACUUGCAAGGAAGAGGGAUUGCUAACGCCAUUAUAUCAGUGGAAGGAAUCAACCAUGAUAUCCAAACUGCUGCCGAUGGUGACUACUGGCGUCUCCUAAACCCAGGCGAGUACAAGGUGACUGCUAGGGCAGAGGGCUACUCCUCUUCCACCAAGGUCUGCGAGGUGGGUUACGACAUGGGCGCCACGCAGUGUGACUUUGUCAUGAGCAGAACCAACCUGUCACGCAUCAAAGAGAUCAUGCAGAAGUUUGGAAAGCAGCCCAUUAACCUCCCCGUCAGGCGACCCAGGCAGAGAGCACAGCAAAGGCUUCGACAGACAUAGGCAACUCUUCCCCUGGAGACAGACUUCAAGUGCGCCGUUGUGGCAAAAAGUCUAAUCUUGUGUAGGAAUCAAAAGAGAAACAAAAUGGUAAGAACUGAACUAGAAAAUUGACAAGACAAUAACUACGACACAAUAGCUAUUAUUUUAUUCCACUGCCAGGUAUGUUUUUUUUGUUGUUGUUGUUAUUGGAAGUCAUAAGAAUGUGUCGCCAUUGUCGUUUGCGGAAACCAUUCGUGUGGAAUUGCAUGCUUAUUUCGAUCUUUCUUAAACAGCACUGCAAUUUGUUGCAUGACAUUUCUGCUUUGCUUCGUUCUUCAACAGAAAUAACUGCUUCUUCCUAAGUUCAGUUCUUUAACACUGGUGGUUGUGAAAUCUGGGUUUAAUGAUGCACAUUUAUUGUGCAAGGAGAUUGGUGUGCCCUUUCAAAAGUAGUUUGUUGACAAACUAAUUGCAGCACCCCAAGAUGAAUGUCUAUUUGUAAAACAAAUAAUAUCCUUUUGUUAUAAAUAGUCUUGACAGCUUUUAAUGUUAGCGAUGUGAGUUUUAGGAAGCUUUGAAACCCUCAAUAUCGUGGCUUGAAACUGCAGUGAGUGAUGACUGUACAAACUAUGGUUGAAAAUUAUUUUUAAUACAUGUAUGACUUGUGUGUACCUUGUGUACCUUUCUAAAGCUUCCAAGUAGAAAAACUCAAUGAUUUAAUGCUUGGAAGAGUUACAGUAAGCCACAAGUGGAGCAGAGUUGACAGAUACUGUCUACAAUGGGGCUUGAUUGAAAUUGUCAACAGCACUAUAUAGCUGAGAGAGAGUAAAUUGACAAACGAUAAUUAGUAGCUAAGUAUCCAUGAUGCCACGUAAAACAGUGCAACAUUAUUGUUCGUAAUGGGCACAUAGAUCCCUUCAAAGAUAAAGUUACAUGUUAUUUCUUCUUUGAAUGAGAAACUGCAUUGCAACCAGCUGGGUCCAAUGAGAUCUGUUCAUUAGAAAGUGAGUGGACUGCAAUAUAAUUAUAUAGGAAGGAAAUCAACAGAGAGCAGCUUAAACAUCAAAGAGGCUUAAUAUGAAUCGCACCUACCCUCCUAACUGUCCUAAUUACUAAAGGGUUUUCACGCAGUUCAUUUCAAAUAAUUACAAUGUAAUUGGAUGGCUGCUGUUAGUUUCAAUGACUGCUUCUGUAUCUGUUCUGGAGUGUUUGCUAUGUAUUGCAGAAGUAACUGUAUUUACUUUCAGGUCCACAUAUGGCUGUCAAGCUGUUGGUGAAACUGAAACAUUAUGUAUGUGCAUGGGUAUACCAUUUAUACAGUUUUUAGAGAGGAAUAUUUUGAUCUAAACUGCUUUUUAUAUUUCUGUUCAAAGCCCUGCCUUUUUUGAUUGAGUAAUUUUAUUCUUUCCUGUGUUUUUGCACUUAAUAAAAGCAA